AUGUUUGCCAAGGCUCGCGACAAGGGAUGGACCAAUCCAACAGCCGUCGAUUACGAGCAGAUUCAGCGCGAUUAUGCCGCCAGCGAGUGGCACGGCACCGCCGCGAGGUAUGAGUGGAACGAUGAACUCGGCGACGUCGCCCCUAGGGUCCCGGAGCUGGAGCAGAUGCUGUUCGGUGGCGAGUUCCAGAUGCGCAAGGGUGACCAUUACAGCAACCUGAACAUCGAGGUCUUCAUAGAUGGUAGGGAGCGUGUCCAGCCCGUCAAGGAGUUCGCGGACGCCGGACUGCAUCCAGUUGUGUUGGACAACAUUAACCUCGUGGGAUACGAGAAGCCGACGCCGAUUCAGCAGUAUGCCAUUCCGGCCAUCCUUCAAGGCAGAGAUGUUGUUGCGAUUUCCCAGACUGGUUCCGGCAAGACGGCAGCGUACAUGAUCCCAAUCAUCUCACGUUUAAUGGGCAAGGCGAAGAAGCUGUGCGCGCCCAAGCCGAAUACCUUUGAUCCACGCUACAAUCCGCAGACCCACUUCACCAAGGCCGAGCCACUUGUUGUUAUUGUCGUGCCCACUCGCGAGCUGGCGAUCCAGACUUUCGAUGAGGCUCGUCGCUUCUGCUACCGCUCGAUGCUGCGUCCUUGCGUGUCGUAUGGCGGCUUCCCGGUGAAGACUUCUAUCGAGGAGCUUAGGAAAGGCUGCGACAUCCUAGUUGCCACUCCUGGCCGCUUGGUAGACCUCAUGGACAAGCCACAUAUUCUGACCAUGAGUCGGGUCAAGUACACCGUCAUUGACGAAGCCGACGAGAUGCUGCACAUGGACUGGCAGGAGGAGCUGAACAAGAUCAUGUCCGGAGGCGAUACCAACGAGGACGCCGACCACGUCUACAUGAUGAUCUCCGCCACGUUUCCUAAGGGAGAGCGUGAGCUCGUUCGUCAAUACCUUGCCGACGAUCAUGUGCGUCUCCGCGUUGGCCGUGCCGGAUCCAGCCACAAGAACAUUCGCCAGGAUGUGGUCUUCUGCGAGUCGAGCGCGAAGCGUGAGGCCGUGUACGAUCUGCUCUUCAACCUUGAGCCUGCUCGCACCCUCAUCUUUUGCAACAGCAAGCAAACCGUGGAUCUGCUUGACGACUUCCUGUUCAACCGUGGCCUUCCAACCACCUCAAUCCAUGCUGAUCGCGGUCAGCAGGUGCGCGAAGACUCUCUUCGCAGCUUCCGCACUGGCAAGGCUCCCAUUCUGAUUGCUACCGGCGUAUCAUCGCGCGGCUGGGACAUCAAGGACGUCAAGUAUGUCAUCAAUUACGACCUACCAUCUGCGAACUACGGCGGUAUUCAGGAGUACAUCCACCGCAUUGGCCGCACGGCGCGUAUCGGUCACCAGGGCCUAGCGAUGUCCUUCUACAAUGAUCGCGACGAAGCGAUAGCGCAGGAUCUUGUGAACGUGCUUGUUGAGUGCGAGUGCACCGUGCCCGAGUUCCUUUCCCACCUCGCUCCUCAAGAUGGCGUCAUCAACUUCGACGAUGAUACCGACGAGGAGAACGAGGAGGAGAACGCUGGUGCUAAUACCAAUUUCACUGCGGAAGCUAUGUUCCAGCCAGAGCCUGCUAUGGCUACUGCUGGCGGGUGGUAG